GCAAAGUAACGCUGAAAUGUCAGAAUUAAAAGUUUGAUGAAUUUUGUGUUAUUUCUUAAAGUAUUUUGAUUAAAUGCAUUAUUUUUUUUAAUAUGGAUAUUCCGCCGCCCCCUCAAGAUACCGAGUUAAAGAAUAUUAUCGAUAAAUUGGCUCAAUUUGUCGCUAGAAAUGGACCGGAUUUCGAACAAAUGACCAAAAACAAACAAAAAGGGAACCCAAAGUUUCAAUUUUUGUAUGGUGGAGAGUACUUUAAUUAUUAUCAGUAUAGAGUAACUACAGAACAAGACAUUUUUAAAGAACAAGGUCAUACAAUGAGUGAACCCAGUGCCUGGUCCAACCCACUUGCUCCAACAAAUCCUAAUUCAAUCGAAAUUGAACAUAUCUCUCAGCAGCAAGAAGCUUUGCGAGAGCAAAUUAAACAAAGUGAACAAAACUUGUCUGCACAACAUACUGUUUUAAUGCAGCAACAGCAUGCUCAAGUUGAAACCAGAGUGGCAAAAUGUGAAUUAAAUGAUAUGCAAAAUGAAGCUGAAUGUAGUGGUAUAAACUUAACUGAAGCUUACAGUAUUCUGCAGCCUAUUAUUGACAGUUGCACUAAGGAUAGUAUUAGUAAUGGAAAAUCAUGGUUUUUACAACAUGCUGCAAAUAAACAGAAGUCAUAUUGUAUUGUUAAAUGUUUGUUGCACAAGGUAUUGCAAUUAAGUAGUUUUCCACAAAAACUUCAUGUAAUUUAUUUGGUUAAUGAUCUUUUACAUCAUAGUGCUAGAAAAAACGCAAAUGAUCUUAAGGAUGCUCUUGAAUCAGUGGUUGUACCAAUGUUUUGUAAUGCUAGUAUAGCUGCUAGUGAUGAACAGAACCAAAAACUUGAGAAAUUGUGGAAGUUGUGGGAAUCCAAAACAAAUUAUUUAUCACUAGAUACUUUGGAAAAAAUGAAGAACCCUGUGGAGAGUUAUCAACAGUAUAAGGCUGAUCAAAUGGCUAAAUAUUCAUCUGAAGUGGCUGCUCUAGCACAACAAACCAAAAGUACAUUUGAAAGUUAUCAGGCUCAACACCAAGCUUUUGUGUGCCAUGCAAUGCAACAAAUCAUGGAUUUACAACAACAAAAGCAAAACAUUGAAAAAGCACCGCCCCCAGCGCCGCAACCGCCGUCAUCUCAAAAACCUUCUCUGGUCACUCCAAACAUUCCCUUGGAAUCAAUCCAAGCAACUCUGCAACAAACCAUACAAAACCUCUCAUCACAACCACCGACAACCACUGCGCCGCCUCCCUCAUUCUCUAACCCGCCCCCAUCGGAUCCAGUUGAUACGUUUCUCCCGAUAAACCCAUCUAUUCCACCGCCGAGUUUGAACAAUCUCGGUCCGCCACCACCAUUUAACCAGCCGCCGGAUAUUAGCCAGCAGCCACCCCCGACUUUCCAGCCUCCUCCGCCAAAUAACGGAAUGGACAAUCCGUUCUCGCUACCGCCACCAGGGUUCUUCCCGCCCCCAGGUGUUUUUCCCGAUUUUUCGCGACCGCCGCCAGGUUUCCCGCCGAAACUUGAACCGCUCCUGGAAGAAUUGAUGCCCACCGCUCCCUACUACGAGCUGCCGGCCGGCCUGAUGGUACCCUUGAUAAAGUUGGAAGACAGCUCAUAUAAACCAUUAGAUCCUAAAGAUAUUAGGUUGCCGCCCCCCGCGCCGCCAAGCGAACGUCUUUUGGCGGCUGUCGAUGCUUUCUAUUCGCCUCCGAGUCACGACAGACCCAGAGACAGCGACGGCUGGGAAAAGUUAGGUUUGUAUGAGUACUACAAGGCGAAAAACACGGCGAAAAAAGCCAAAGAAGAACUGAUCGUCGCGGGGCUUCGAGAAAAAUCUCGAUCACCCAGCCCCAUUCUAAUAUACCAGGAAAAAGAACCGGAACCGCCGAAAAGGCGGUUCCGCAGCCUAUCGCCCAUUCCGCCGCCCCCAAUGCUCGCCGUGCCGCCCCCUGUCGUAAAAAGCGCCAACAACAGCAGCAGGAAAAUGAGUAGGUCGAGGUCGCGCAGCAGGAGCCGCAGUAGAAGUCCUGCGAGGAGAAGGCACAGAGGAAGAAGGAGAAGAAGUGUCACAAGGUCUAGAUCUAGGUCCCCCAGGUCGCCACCUAGACGGUCCAUAUCACCACCUGCAUUUGGUACUCCAAACUACGUGAGAGUUGACAACCAGGAACUGGACUCUUCUAACAAGGGACACCAGAUGUUGCGCAAGAUGGGAUGGGGCGGCAGCGGUCUGGGUGCGAACGAGCAGGGCAUGGACACGCCCAUCUCUGGGGGCGACGUGCGCGAUCGCCAGGAUCAGUUUAAAGGUGUCGGUUGUAACUUGAACGAUCCGUACGAGAACUUUAGGAAAAACAAAGGUGCCGCGUUUAUUACCAGGAUGAAGGCGAGAGCGGAAGAGAGGGCGAACGAGAAUAAAUUGAUUGAUUAUUAGAUUUUUACAAGGAAAAUAUCAUGAUUGAGCUUCAUUUCUAUUGUAGUCAAUUUUCUUAAUCAAUGUUUUUAUCUUAAAAAUAAACAAUUUCCGUAAUUCAUAAAUAUUGUAGGUAAACAUACUCAAGAGGUAUAAAUAUAUUAACUACUAUUAUUCAUUGUGUUCUUUUUAUAACCAAAUGUGUUGACUAGAUGUAUAUAGUUAGUGUUAAUACAAAAAUGAUUUGUAAUGUAAGUAAUUCAAAUAAAACACGG